ACAACUCAUUGGUCUGGUCCGCUGACACAGGUCAAGAGUAAAUCUUCUAUCUGUAAAUCAAUGGCUUCAGGCGACCACCACCACCACCACCAUCAUCACCAUGAACACGAUCAUGCUCAUCAUGAUCAUGAACAUUUCCAUGGGGAUUCUGCAACAAGUUCAUGGGUGGGACCAGAUGGGAAAGUGUACCACAGCCAUGAUGGAUUGGCACCACACUCCCACGAACCCAUUUAUUCCCCUGGCUACUUCAGCAGAAGAGCUCCUCUACUUCUCACCAGAAAUUUCACUGAAAGAGCUUUCACAGUUGGUAUUGGCGGUCCUGUUGGUACUGGGAAAACAGCUCUAAUGUUAGCUCUUUGUAAAUUUUUGCGGGACAAGUACAGUCUUGCUGCAGUGACAAAUGAUAUAUUUACAAAAGAGGAUGGUGAAUUCUUGGUGAAGCAUGGAGCACUUCCUGAAGAAAGGAUACGUGCUGUGGAAACUGGAGGCUGUCCUCAUGCUGCAAUUCGUGAAGAUAUCAGUGUUAAUCUUGGCCCUCUUGAGGAGCUCUCUAACUUAUUCAAGGCAGACUUACUUCUUUGUGAAUCCGGGGGAGAUAACUUAGCUGCCAACUUCAGCAGGGAACUGGCUGAUUAUAUCAUCUAUAUAAUAGAUGUAUCUGCUGGUGAUAAAAUUCCUCGAAAAGGAGGCCCUGGCAUCACCCAAGCUGAUCUACUAGUAAUUAACAAGACCGACCUUGCACAAGCUGUUGGAGCUGAUUUAACAGUCAUGGAGCGUGAUGCACUUCGAAUGCGAGAUGGAGGACCUUUUGUGUUUUCUCAGGUGAAGCAUGGAGUUGGCGUAGAGGAAAUUGUGAAUCAUAUCUUAAAGGCUUGGGAAGUUGCAACAGGGAAGAAGCUCCAUUGAUCUUUCCUUUCAGAGUCUGCUUCAGUUUGUGUCUUUUUUAGUACCUUUCAAAUGUGGCUUCAAUAUGUAUGCCAUUUUAGCAUCCAUCAAACUGAUUGCUGAGCUAAUACUCAUUCUAACUUUCUGUUUGA